UUUGGCCCCCGCCAGAGGACCCCCCCGCGGACGAAGGGCGGAAAUUUUUCAAAUUUUCAAAACAAACCGGAGACAGUUGUUUCUGCGAUGUGAGUGUCUGUGGAGGACGCACAGCCCGGACACGAGCUGCACGAUGGACGCGGGGGAAAAACACGGAACCGGCCGACGUGAGAAAAAGGUGGACGCUCCCAAAGCGCCCUCCAUCGAGGACUUCGUGGUUCUGAAGCCUGUCAGCCGCGGAGCCUUCGGGAAAGUCUACCUCGCACGGAAGAAGUGCAAUGCGCGGUUAUACGCCAUUAAGGUGAUGAAGAAAGCGGACAUGGUGGAUAAAAACAUGACGGGCCAGAUGAAGGCGGAGAGAGACGCGCUGGCUCUGAGCAAAAGCCCCUUCGUCGUUCACCUGUUUUAUUCCCUUCAGACCUCCACCAAGAUCUAUCUGGUGAUGGAGUACCUCAUUGGUGGAGAUGUCAAAUCUCUGCUUCACAUCUACGGAUAUUUCGACCAGGACAUGGCUGUUAAGUACAUUUCAGAGGUGGCUCUGGCUUUAGAUUACCUUCACCGACAUGGUAUCAUCCACAGGGACUUGAAGCCAGAGAAUAUGCUCAUAUCCAAUGAAGGUCACAUCAAACUCACAGACUUUGGUCUCUCUAAAGUCAAGCAUGACAGAGAGCUGAGUAUUACGGACAUCCUAACCACCCCAUCAUUGGCUAAACCAAAAAAAGAUUAUUUCCGCACGCCGGGUCAAGUCCUGUCCUUGAUCAGCUCCCUUGGAUUUAAUACACCUACAGGGGAGGGAAAGCGUCACUGCAGCGCAUCUGCUGCGUCCAGUCCCAUUUCCUGUGGCAGAGUAAGACACAAGAAUAACUCUCUUGGUUCUCCCUUGAUGAAGAAAAAAGAUCAGAUCUUCUCCCCUGCUCAGUACCCUUGGAAGCUGGGACCUAACAACAGUGUGUUUAGUCCUCACAAUCUGGCAAAAAAUCUGACUCCCACGCUCCUGAAGACCAGAAAAAGGUUUGAGACGAUGAGUGCAGGCAGCUCCACCGACACUGAAGGUGGCAUCAGUCCACUGUGGGAGUUUGAAGAGAAAGAAAAUGAACAAACCAGGAGAGGAGCUAAACAGGACUUUGCAUCCACAAAACUGAGAACCGUCUUGCUCUCUGCUAAGUCCAGCAACAAUCUGCCCAAAAAGUCAAAUCCAGACCAACUUGAUGAAAAAGGUUCUCAUACCAACAAACUGCAGUCGGUUUUUGGUUCCACGGCUCAGGAGGAUAUUUGUCUUUCAGCAACAGGUGACAGUCAAACUGUGGUUCCCUCGUCUGUGAAGAGAACAUUUUCAGAUAUAGAGAAGAGUCCGGAGCCAUCAGAAAUCCAAUCCAAGAAGAGUAACGCAGACUACAGAAGAUGCUAUGAUAUUCCAGGAGAGACCACAAGGGUUCACAGCGGCCUGACAGGAACAUUUUCCACUUUUCAAAUAGGCGACUUCAUGGCCUCCACAGAGGGGAUUGAGUUAUCUGAUCAACGAGUCCCAAAGCGCUCCAGUCCCAUCGCUGUGGCCAAAACCUUGUUCUGUGAACUGGAAGAGCCGGCAGAGGACUUGUUUGAAGAUGGAGCCAAAGACUUGUCGCAUUCAAGCUUCACGUCACCACUUUGUGGAAACAACAACAUUUGCAGGAGCUUGAGUCUGGACUCUGACGGGUCAAUGCACGAAACCUCUCUCACGAUGGAGAGCCACUCAUCUCUCAAACUGAGCAUGUGCUCCAAAAUCAGGAACUCGAUAUUAUUUGAGGGUCAAGAGGAAAACCCAGACUCGUCCAUCACUGAAUCGCUUCUGCACACUCCCUCUGCUGUUUCUACCGAAACACUCAAACUCAGUCAUUUCAACCAGCUCUCGGAUCUCGCCUGCCGGGCGGCGCAGUCUCCCUCGUUCCUCAAGCCUCGAAACGUUGUGGUUUUUCGUAGUUACUGUAGCUCCAUCAACCGCUCCAACUUGUCUGGUGUUUCCAGACUUAGUGUUGGGUCUGUGGACGCCAUGGACUUGUCCACAUCAGCCUCUUAUCACUUGGCCUGUGGCUCUGCAACACCAGUGCAGAACAGAGGCAGCUCCAACAGCUCUCACUGUCAGACGCCUCAGGCCAUGUCAACCUCCCACACCCCCUUCAGGACGCCAAAGAGUGUCCGCAGGGGCGCGCUGCCUGUGGAGGGCGCACCCAUCUUAGGGACCCCUGACUAUUUGGCUCCAGAGCUUCUUCUGGGGAAACCACACGACUGCAUGGUGGACUGGUGGGCGCUGGGCGUGUGCCUCUUCGAGUUCCUCACAGGUGUUCCGCCUUUUAACGACGAGACGCCACAGCUGGUCUUCCAGAAUAUUCUCAACAGAGACAUCCCGUGGCCCGAGGACGAAGAGGAAUUGUCUGAAAAUUCAAGAAAUGCCAUUGAAAUACUUCUGAUGAUGGACAUGACGAAACGGGCGGGUCUGAAGGAACUCAAGCGUCACCCCCUGUUUGACGGCCUGGACUGGGACAACCUGCCGAACCAGCCCAUGCCUUUCAUACCUCAGCCCGAGGACGAGACAGACACCUCGUACUUUGAGGCAAGAAACAACGCUCAGCACAUCGCAGUGUCUGGCUUCAGUUUAUAGAGAUGCCUACACCGUGCGAGGUUUAUGAAAACACAAACCCAUCAUACAAUUAAACACCAUCUUCAUGUGGAUUCUGCAAACGUUUUUAAAACAUUUUAAAUAUGUGCAAUCACUGGUCAUAAGAAUCAAAUAAAAGCUUAAUCUAACGUGUUGUAUAUUAUACACAGCUCUUGAAUACGGUUCUUUUAGCAUAGUCCAGUUUGCUUUAGCUCACUACAGGCUUCGAUUUCUGUGUUGUUAUAGUUAAUUAAACACAAAAUAACUAAGUAAAUUAAUUGAAAUGUCUUCCUGCCUGACGGUGAAUUGAACUUUCCGUGCAGAUACACUUCAUUUGUUCGUUCUGUUCGUUCUGUAACGUUUCCCCUGCUGUCAGUGGACUGGGUGGGCGGGGCCCCUGUAUUAAGUUUAGUACUGCUGAAGAGAAACAUCUUAAUAUAUUCAUGAAUAGUGUAUUUUAUUUGUAAAUCUUGUGAAUAGCAUUUAGUUUUGUUUUAAGACAGGAUUCUAACUGCUUUUAUGUCACCUGUAAUGUUGAUGUGAUCUCAUUCGUCACUGUCCAUUUGCCACACUACUGUUUUUUUUUUUUUUAAUAAGUUCAUUCAGACAUUUU